AUCGGACUCGAUUACCAACCGUACGUUGCAUGGAGUUGCGUCAAAUAAAAUCUGUGAUUCUUUAAGUAAUAAACUCUGCACGAACUGACUGAUAUAGUCCCUGCUAUCUAAUGAAAUCACUCUGACACUGUGAGGGAUAAGGCACGGAUGCAAAUGAAAUUGAUGGCAACCUCGAUUUUACAAGGAUCGGUAGCGGAAACGAUUGAAGAACAUCGAUUACGCCUCCCACGAUUAUUUUUAUUUUGUAACAGGAGCGUUGCGUCUUAAUUAAAUUCCAAUUCUUUUUUUUUUUUUUUCUCUCUCGAAUCAUUAUCACUUGUUCCGCGUACCACCGUAUAUAUAUAUAGGGAUCGAAGUCGCUGGAAACGCGGGAGAAGCCGAGAAUUGCCUGGGUCGAUUCCGUUUGCUCGCGAGCAAUGUCGCGAAUCAAUGAUCUACGAUCUAUGAUAUAUUUACAAUGAGUUCUCCCACUAUCGUCGGUCGAGAUAGCGCACGUGCGUAUGUUCGAACAGCAGCACGUCGCAUCCAUGCAUAUGAACGGUAGAAGUGCCGACAAACGAACUAAAGCUUCUUUUAUCAGUCAGUCACGACCGCGUGAGGCAAACAGUUGAGUACGCGCGACAGUGGUGCGUUUACCGUGCGGAAAUCGUCGCGCUUUCCUCGUUCCGUUUCUUCGCUGGGAUCUCCGCGCCUCUUCUUCUACGAUCCCCUCAACGCUGGAUCGAUCAUCGAUCGCAGUACCCUAUCGCGACACCGCGGGGCCAGGUUUUUAUUUCGACUCACGUAGCGCUAGCCGAGAGAAGUCCCGUACGAAAUCACACGCGUGUCGGACAACGAGAUCGAACAGCCACCGCACACAGUCAGAAGCCACAGGGUUAAUCGAAUAUCAAGGAACAAUAAACGCUUUACGAGGAAACGUCGACACGCUGGCGCAAAUUCUUCAAUACAUCGUUACCACAUCAAGACUGACCGAAAUAGGCAAGUCUGACGUGAAAGUAUCACAAGUCGAUCCUGGACUCUGCCAAUUUCGUAGGGGAUAUUACAAGAUCGUCCGCCAACACCGAACUCGAUAUGGUCGCUUUUCCGGACUCGUCGACUGAACCGACGCUGUUAAACACCACCGAUAUUAUAUUGAACGAGUGCGUGGACCAUAAUGGACACGUAUACAAUACUGAUGAGGGAAGAGUUAAGGAUCACGCGUUCACCAUACAACGAGCGGACAUGUCGAAUGGCAAAGAUAACUAUGCGUUAGAUUUCGAUUGCAUGGAAAAGGCAAUCGACAAUAAAUUGAACGCAACUGGCGACAUUAAAGCAGAACCGGAUGUCGUAAAGAAAGUAGCAGCGGGUCUGAAAAACCCUAACAGCCCAAAGAACAAAACGGACAUGUCACUGCCCAAUCUUGGUGGUGGAACACUUUCCAGCGGAAGUUCGAUAGUGACCAUCUCUUCCGUCGCAAAUUCAGAUCCUGGUCCCGACUUCCAUAAUAACACGGAUGGCUUUGGUAACAGCACACACAGACAUGAAAGAUGGUAUCAGACCACCCUUCAAGUUGCUGUGCCUUUUUUCAUCGCCGGGCUAGGUACAAUCGGUGCAGGCCUUGUGCUUGCAGACGUCAAGGACUGGCCAGUAUUUCGCGCCAUUUCUCAAUUAUUCAUUCUGGUGCCCUCGCUGUUAGGCCUGAAGGGCAAUCUUGACAUGUGCUUGGCCUCGCGGCUGUCCACGCAAGCCAAUCUGGGCAACAUGCACGAGCUGCGAGAGAUCGUGAAAAUGAUUGUUGGUAACAUCGCGUUGGUGCAGAUACAGGCGAUCGUCGCGGCUGUCUUGGUAUCGAUUUUCGCGAUUGUGGUCGACGCGAUAGCGGAAGGUAGCGCGUAUACUUUCAAAUGGAACAAUUGCCUGUUAUUAGCCACAGCUAGCGUCUGCACUGCGACCAGCUCUUGCUUCAUUCUAGAUUUUGUAAUGAUCGCCGUCAUCAUGAUUUCGUAUCGAUGCAAAAUGAAUCCUGACAAUCUAGCUACACCUUUGGCUGCCUCCUUCGGAGACGUCGUAUCAAUUACCGUCCUAUCGGCAAUCGCAUCGGCGCUGUUUAACCGAAUGACGGUAGACCCAUGGAUCCUGUAUAUUAUACUUGGCUGUUAUUUCUUAAUUUUACCAUUCUGGAUCUACGUGGUUCUCAAGAAUAAAUAUACCAGAAAUGUUUUAACAUCCGGAUGGGUUCCCGUUCUAUCGGCCUUGUUCAUCAGUGGAUUUGGUGGUCUGGUUCUUGAUCAAGUCGUUGACUCGUUCAAUGGAUUCGUGAUCUUUCAGCCAAUCAUAAACGGAAUUGGUGGUAAUUUAGUCUCUGUACAAGCAUCUCGAAUCUCAACUACGUUACACCAGACAACGAUUAUGGGAAUUUUGCCGCCACACUCGAAAAUAUUCAUUGCCCCGUGGAAAGCGCUCUUUAGAGGCUCGCUGUACGCGAAAACAGCCAGAAUACUCAUUUGCAUGGCGAUUUUCGGCGAAACAAUCUUCAUCUUUGCUGCCGAUUAUAUCAGAAAUGGGACGUCCACGUUACGCAUAUAUUUCGUUCUUUCUUACAUCGUCAUGGCUGUUCUACAAGUCAUGCUGUUGCUUUACGUGGCGCAUGUUAUUAUCCACGCUAUGUGGCGAUACAAAAUCGACCCGGAUAAUUCCGCCAUUCCGUAUUUAACGGCGCUGGGCGAUCUUUCGGGAACAAUACUUCUGGCGAUAGCGUUUUGGUUCCUCAUAAGUAUACAUCAGGAAUACGGAAAAUAAAGGACUGGUUUAAAAUGGCGAGAUUGAAAUGCGAUAAAAAUUGCGUGUCGAUUUUUUUCCUUUGAAAGUGUCGUAUAUAAAUGUCAAAGGAGUUAAAGAGCACCGACGUCGCGUCACGUUUAAAUGUGCGAGACAAUAGGAGACGAAGAUUAAUUAAGAGAACAAGUGUUUCGUGAAAACAAAAUAUAGUGCUUUAUUACGGAACGAUCUGAUUGAUCUGAAACGGACGAAACAGCAACUGUCUUCCUCCAUUAAGAGAGACAAUCUUAAUGGUACGUUAGUCGCGUUAAUUAGUUGUGUCACAUACAUUGAACAUAGUGGAAUAAAGCAGUAUAUCACAGUUCUGAAAAUAGGUAGACUAAUAGAAAGAAAGAGUACAAUAACACUGAUUCUAAUAUAACUAGUGAAAUGCUCCGUCAUGAUAUAAUUUAUCAUGAUCUAAUAAUCGUACAGUCGUGCUUACGCGAGAUAAAGAAAAAAAAAAAAAAGAAAAAAGCAAAACGCUGCAUAAUUGACUAACGAUUAUUUAAAAUCACGAGAUAUAGAGAUUUUUAAUUGAAUGAAGCAUCAGAACUUGAAGUAUUUUAAAUAUAAUCAUACAUUUAUGUAUAAUUGUGAUCUUAAUAAACAUAAACAGAAGACCUAGUCAGUAUGCUAACACUGAUGAAUAAUUGUGUUGUAGGAAGAUCAUAUAUGUAUUAACAUAAAAUUUCAUUCGUACAAUAGUGAAAGCCUUUUUAAAGUAGAAAUUAUGUUUGUAGUUUACAGAUUUUAAAAAUAAGUAAUGUUUUUUAAUAAUAGAUAAAAUUACCCUCAAAAUGUUUUACUGAUGUUAAGAAUUUAAACUUUUUAUGAUGAGAACAAGAAAGUAAUGAUUUUUAAUAUUGUAAUACUAUGCAUCAAUAAUAUUUGAAACAUAUGUAUACAAUAUGUUUUAUAAAAAUUUGUUACUAUCAAUUUUGUAAUAACACAUUGGAAUAUGUAAUUAAAGUGAGGAUUGAUAUAAUAAAUAAUGCUAAGUAAAAUAUUGCCUUUAGUUCCUGAAAUAGUAUUGUAAUUUAACUAAUAAAUGAUAGUGAACAAUUUCCACAA